AAAAAAGUUCACUUAUUUUUUUAUUUAGAUGUAAUUCAACAUUUAAAAUGAUUGGAUUAAUUUCGGAACUGGAGGCUGCGGCGGGGAUUAUAAUGGCCCCCACAAAUGUAGUUUCCAGUGAACAAAGACACGCUGCAGAAAAUGUGUUUCUAAACUUUCGUAAAUCAAAAUCACCUUAUUCAGUAUGCCGGGAAAUACUAGAGAAAUCACAGAAUGAAUAUAUCUUAUUUGAAGCUGCUGAAGUAAUAAGAGGGGCUAUUAUACGGGAAUGGUCAUUUUUAAUGGAAGAUGAUAGGGAUUCUUUAAGACAGUAUUUAUUUCAAUAUAUUACAAAUAAGGCUGUACCCCAAUUUGUCCAAAACCGAAUUUUACAGACCAUAGCUAUAAUGGUCAAAAGAGCAAGCAUAAAUGAUGGUGGGAGAAAUAGGACUGUUGUUUUGCAGGAUGUGGAAAAUUUAGUCAUCAAUGGGGACCAUAAAAAGAAAAUGCUUGGUUGUUUUCUUAUAAAAAACCUACUGCAGGAAUAUUCAAAUACAUUGCAAUCCACAGAUGUCGGACUGCCAUUUGAGGUUCAUUUUAAAGCCAAAAAGGAUUUUGAAAGCUUUGACUUAAAGAGGAUAUUCCAGUUUUGUGUUUAUCUAUUAUCAGAAGUUGUUAAUACCGACCCACCAUACCAAGAAAGUAUGCUUCAAUUAACCAAUCAAGUCCUUAUAAUCUCAGAAACUGUUCUACAGUGGGCUUAUAUUGCUCCAAUGCUACCCAGAAGAAUAAUUAACUUGUAUGAAAGAGUUUACCAAUCCGAAGAGCCUCCUCAUCUUAAACUUGACAAACACUGGGCCGACGUAAUCCUUAAUCCGGAAAUUAUGACGCUGAUGUUUCGGGUAUUUUGGAAAAUACGCGAUCAGGAAGAACUUGCACAUCAUGCCCUAGCUUGUCUGGUGCAGCUGUCGACAUUAAACGGACCCGUUGUGAGCGAGGAGGCCGAAUCUAUUAAAUAUUUACAAAAUUUUGUGGUUAAUUUCCUAAACUUAGUAUCCAAUGUAACCAUUAGGAAGAGAGAGUCAGUUGCUAUAGCCAAUAUAGUAAAUAAAUUGAACUAUUUUUCCGACAAUGAUUUACGAAAAUUGCCGAAAGAAUUAACCGAAUCAAUGUAUGAUGAAUUCAGCCGUUUAACGUGUUCUUUUUGUGAUUUAGCAGUUAAUGAAGAAGCGCAAGGAGAAGAAGACAAAUUCUUUGGAGACGCCUUCACGAUAAUCCUGAGCUCUUGGGACCGCGAGAAUCUCAUGACGGAUCGGCAAGAAAAGAUGCGAUAUUGUCCGAUCGCCAUUUUCAACAAAUACCUUCAGGUGCACUUGGCACCGCCGGACGGCACACGGCAACCAUGUGCCGACGAUGCGGAUGAGAUUGAGGACAAUGAAGAUAACGACAGGAUCAAAUACAAAGAUAAUCUACAGGUGGUUGGUCAACUGGCCAGAUACGUGCUUGAUCAUUCUUUGAGUGUGUUAUUAAAUGUUUUGGAUACUAGGAUAAACAAAUUAGUAAACCACGUUCAAACGAUGCAAAAUCGCGCAAUGAACAUAUCCGAAGCCGCCUCGUUGGAUAAUCUAUUUGAAGACAUCCAUUGGGCACUCUUGAUCACUGGCAACGUGCUCUGCAUCGAAUCGCAAGGCGAGUGCGCAUCCGUCCCGUCCGAAAUCAUGUCGUAUUCGCUGCGUCAGUGGGAACUGGGACACACAACCAUCGAAGCCACAAUGAACACGUUGGCCGCGAUGGGGGCCAAAUCGGGAGAGCCGCACGAUUUCGACAAGUGCGACAUGGUUUUUAAGAUUCUUUACGUUGUUCUCAAGUUGUCCUUUGUUGAGGAGUACGCGAUUGCUAACAAGCUGGGACAUUUCAUGAGCCCUGAAUUGGGCUCCACUUUAAUGUGGUUUUUGAGAAGUUGGUGUGUCGAAUAUUUGUUGCCUUGUAAUGUGAAGUACUUGGGAGGGGCUAGUCCAAUCCUUCUUGAUAUCUUGGAGGAAGACCCAAAGUGUGCAAUGUUACUUUUUAACAUGUUGAUAUCAAAAGUACAAUCAAAUAUGUAUUUUUACCAAUCAGAACCAAUAUUAAUGAGAGACACAGUGGACUUAUUCUGUGAUAUUGUUUGCAUCAAACAAAAAAAUACUUGUGUCGUUAAAACCGAGGGAAUGCGACGUUUAAUACAGUGGCAGCAAGCGCUGGGUGUGGGAGUACUUCCUCCAGGCAUAUUAAAAAACGUCAUGAAAGGAAUUAUAUUAGCGGGAUCUACUAUUAAGGACCCCAAUGAAUUGAACGCCUACUAUGACUUGAUAUUGAGACCUGUUCAAAAUCGUCUUAAAACGUUUUUAAGUCAAGAAAAUUUGACUAGGGUUUACCAUAACGAAGAUGUGCAAAAAGUGUUUAUCGACAUUGUUGAACUAUUGUCCGGUGUUGUAAUAGGCGUCCAAAGUAACACUGCCUCGAAUAUAUUUCAAUUUAUCGCGCCCAUGUUAGGGGAAAUACCCGUAUUUAUGACUGUAUACAGCAAUUAUCAAAUUAUAGUUCAACUUAUCCUAGAAUUGUUCUGUGACUGCGCCAAAAAUAUACUAUGUUUCUUAAGCCCAAAUCAUACCAAAACGCUUUACGACUGUUCGCUGGCAAUCGUACAAAAUUACUCGAAAUGCAACGCGAAUCGGUUUACUUCGGAAGCGUUUGCCGAAGAAAGCAACUUGCAGGAUUUAGCCUUAGUUUUAGAUUUGUUUACCCACACCUUAUCCAAAGAUUGUAUAGACAUGUAUAAUAUAAACACUAAUGAAGAAACUCUAAUAACUGCAUCAGAUGUCGCUCUAUUCGGCCUAAAUUUCGUCAUGCCUCUAAUGACAAUCGACUUGCUCAAGUAUCCUUGUUUAUGUGCGCAAUACUACAGACUUUUAGUGUUAAUCAAUGAUAUUUACCCGGAGAAAAUAGUGGGACUUCCUCAAAAUUUAAGAAACACCAUGUUGCAAUCAAUUGAGAUUGGCUUGACCAGCUUCGGGCAAGACGCCGUACAUAACUGCUUAGAAUUCUUAGAAGGUCUUGCUUUACACGUUUUCAAGCAAAAACUUGCACAAACGGAAUUUGGACAAGCUAUUAAAUAUUACCUCAAACUUCUUAUGGAUUUAACGCUUUCCCAUCAAAUAUGUUCCGAUCUAAUUUCAUCUGCUAGUGUUAUUAUAUACGAAUUGAUUUGCAGUUUUCAGGAUGAGUACCAAAUGUUAGUGAACAGUUUAAUACAAAUGCAGACUGACCCCCUGGUUGCUGAGCGUUUAGCUGCAGCGUUUAAUAGUUUAAUGUUAAAUGUUAACCUUACAUGUGAAAGGCAACAAAAAACUAAAUUUAAAGAUAAUUUUGACAAGUUUAUAGCUAAUGUACAUGGAUUUUUGAUUGUAAAAUAAGUUUUAUUUGAUAUUUUUGAAAAUAAUUAAUUGCUAAAUGAAUAUUUGAAAGAAAAUAAGACUAUUAUAUAUACUAUUAUAAUACUC